AUCUAUCUCUCUCGUUUUUUUUCGCUAGGGUUUUAGGGUUUUCUGAGAGUAGCAGCAUUUGAACUCUGCGAAUAAUUUCCCAAAUCGAAGAAAUCCCAUGGAUAGAUACCAGAGGGUUGAGAAGCCCAAGCCUGAAUCGCCCAUCAACGAGAACGAAAUCCGAAUCACCACUCAAGGCGUUAUUAGAAACUAUAUCAGCUAUGCCACUACUCUUCUCCAGGAAAAGCGUGCAAGAGACAUCGUUUUGAAAGCAAUGGGACAGGCAAUCAGCAAGACUGUGGCCAUUGCGGAGAUUAUAAAGAAGAGAAUCCCUAGGUUGCAUCAAGAAACUGCUAUCAGCUCAGUAAGCAUAACUGAUGUAUGGGAACCCAUUGAAGAGGGUCUUGUUCCUGUGGAGAUGACUCGCCAUGUCUCAAUGAUUUCAAUUACGCUAUCAACCAAAGAGCUUGACAAAACCUCUCCUGGGUACCAAGCUCCUUAUCAAAUGGACCAAUCGAGACCACAGCCCAACUAUCAGCAGCAGAUACAACAGCCUAAACAAGCUCGUGCUCCGUACAAUGCCAUAAACGAAGAUUCUUAUAACCGUGGUCGGGGACGUGGCAGAGGCCGUGGGAGGGGUUGGAAUAGGGGUGGGUAUGGCAACUACCAGGGUGGGUAUGGAAAUUACCAAGGAGGAUAUGGAAACUAUCAAGGUGGUUAUGGGAACUAUCAAGAUAAUGGUGGAUAUUCAAAUCGGGGCAGAGGCGGAAGAGGCAGAGGUUGGGGCUAUCGUGGUACAGGAACAGGAUAUGAAAGAGGCAGAGGUGGAGGGGGCAGAGGAUAUGGGCGUGGCCGAGGACGGAUGGGUGGCCGAUCGAGGGGUGGUGGCAACCAGGCGUAAAUCAGCAGUUGGUGUUAUUUUUGCUUUAGCUAAAUGCUUGCCUGUGGGGUGAAUUUUUAUCCAGAAUACUGUUUUAAUAGCGUGAAAUGUGGCUUCCGAAAAAGCAGUUUCUACUUCAAUGUUUUUGGUCUUGCGUUAUAUGAAUGUGGGCAAGGUUGUUUUAGCGAAAAGUGCAAAAUAGUCGGUUUUAAUGCUGUAAUUCAUUUCACCUUUAUUGCUGCCGAUUGUUGUAUUUAGAUUUUUGUAAUCACAUAUCUUUAUUCCUUUCAAAAGCAAAUCAUGGGUACGGCUUUUUUUUU